AAGCACAACCGGAAGCCUUGCUGUUACUGCUGCUAACUUUAAUUAGCUUCAAGCUAACGUUAACUCAGCGCUGUGGUCGAGCUGCGUUUCUGCUAAAACUGUUGUUUAAAAGUGUUGACAGUUGUCUUCCCAGUGAAGGGUUUGUUUAAUAAACUUCAGCUUUAAGAAGACAAGUUGAGUCUCCUGCUAAACUCGAUACCUCUGUCUCCUUGGCUCUGGUCCUCAGUCUGUCUGUAAGGGUGACUCUGGCUCCGGGCCAGUCCUCCAUAGAUGAAGAUGUCUCUGGCCCAGCGAGUGCUCCUCUCUUGGAUCUUUGCCCUGAUCUUCCUCAUCAUGCUGGUCCUCAAGCUGGACUCUAAAAUCCACUGGAACUGGUUCCUGAUCUUCCUGCCCGUGUGGACAUUUGACACCAUCCUCAUCCUCAUGCUGGUCUUGAAGAUGGCGGGACGCUGCAAGCCGGACUUCGACCCCAGAGAUGGAGAGCAGAGCGUGAAGAGGAGGCUGUGGUACCUGACGGCGCUGCUGCUCAAGCUGGGUUUCUGUCUGACUCUGUGCUCCCGUCUGGAGAGACUCACGGAGACGUGGAUCAGCGUGGUGUGCGUCCCUCUGUGGGUGCUGCUGUGUGGAGCGCUGGUGGAGCUGGGACACAGUGUUUUCCACUACAGAUGAGCUGCACAAGACGACUGAAACUUUUAGCAUCUCAGAUCAAGGAUGCAUCACUGAAAGUCAAUCGUGAACUUUAUUCUAGGAUCUUCUGCUCACCAUUACUAUUCACCAGGUCACUGCAGGGUGGAGGUUCAUGGGGUCCCAGAGGUCUACACUGGGCAGGUUUUAAAUAUAUGGAAGAGAAAUUACCACGAGAGGAAACAUGACAUGCUUUCACUUACUACCAUAGGAUGUGUUUGUGUGCAUACCACUUAUUAUGGUAUGGAUUCAUAUUUAGAAUAAAUCCUGCCUUCACUACACGUCUUUUAUCAACAGUCGAGAAAGAAGCUGGCUUCACUUCACGUUGAAAUGUAGUGUCACUGAGCCAUAUCACAUGUGAAACCGUUUUUAGAGAUAAUUCCAUCUCCCAAAAUAUUCAACUAUCGUUAACACUGAAUGUAAAGUCAGAACUUUCCAUCUGUAUGGAUUAAACAUCAUUUGCACUUUAAAAACCUUAGUCGGCAUCCUUGUGACUGUGUGUAAAAAAGAUAAAAAGUCAAAUCAA